GCCUGUGACGCUGCUUUCACAUUUGGGCUGCUGCCUGGAGCCAUACCACUAAAAUGACGUGAGUGCCUGACGACGCUAAAUGGCAGCACUUGAAAUAGCCCACCUGCCAGUCUACGCUCCCAUUUGCGCGCGUCCUCCCAGCCACAUCCGCUACGCACGAGAGCAUUUCAGCACCAGGACAGCUCCCGUUGUCUUGCAAACAUUAACCCAAAAAAGUGGAGAGCAGACUGAACUUUUGGACAGAAGAUGGACAUCGAGCGGCCCUCUAACGUGACUCUUUUUGAUUUCGUGGGGGGGCUGCAGUUGCUCCGAAACAGUAACAUUAGGACCGCCAUCCCCGUGGUCCUGAUCGGGGUGUGCGUCUGUGGAGCUCUGUGUAACCUCCUGGUGCUGCUGGUUUUCAUCCGUGACUUCAGAAAAGGAAGAGGCUCAGAAGUAAAGGCGCUCCUCGCUUCUCUCGCGUCCACAGACUUGCUCAUCUUGUUACUGUGCGCUCCAGUGCGCGCCGUCACCUACUAUAAACAGAUAUGGACUUUGGGUAGCUUCGUGUGCAAGACCACGGAUUGGUUUCAGCACUCGUGUAUAGUUGCCAAAACUCUCAUUUUAGCCGCGACAACCAGAUCAAAACAUACUUUUAUGGGGGAAGAAGAGGAUGGCUUCCAAAAUGCUACCUGGAUCCACGGAGCUCUUGUGUUCGUUUGGCUCGUCGCUGUGUUGUUUUCUCUACCACAGUUGCUGUUCGCUACUCUGGUGCCAUACAGUUUGGACGAGGUCAUUUGCGUCUCAGAGAUGCCCGUGUGCGCUUCUGAGUUUAUGAGUCUCUUCUACAAGAUCUACCCAACUGCGGUGUUUGUGGUGCCAGUCAUCUUUACGCUCGCAUACUACACCAAAACGCUCCACGGUGCGGUCAAUAACGCACCAAAUCCACGACACCAGAGUAAAGUUACACUUGUUUUGUUGUGUCUGAGUGGCGCGCUGGGACUCAUGCUUUUACCAGAGUGGGGGACUUUCACCUGGAUACGACUCGGUUUCAACAGACCGCCCGUGGGGUUGUUAAUCUUCGCCGAUGUUUUAUUUUACACCUGCAGUUCGGUCUUUCCCGUGCUCCUUAUGACAAUGUACGACGACGUGCGCCAGGGACUCGUAUCGUUUUGGUACAUAGCUACCUGCAGACCACGCAAACAUGCACCAACAACUGUGUGCAAGUUGUGCGUAAAACCAGAUGGAAAUGGCGCAGAGGCGUGUUCUAAUGAAGUGUCCUCCAACGCCAAAGAUAAAACCUUCCCAGACUUGGAACACUUUUGGACAGGACGCAGAAAUACUCACGUAGAAGAUGAGCAUGACCCAGUACCGUGGGAAAAAGACGAGAAAAUGCUGCAGAUGGCAGUGGAGUCUAAUCAAACUGGCUCAAGACAACAGGAGUGCGCGUAAAGUUGGCGACAUCUGAAUGUAAAGUGACAAGUUACUGGCAGUGGCGAAUCUCUAAAAGCUUGUUACGUGAAAGUGAACUUAAAAUGUGAACUAUUACAGUUAGUUCUAAGAUGGUUCAUUGUAAUUGGACAAUACCCAUUCAUCUCUGUAAGUGGGACUCUGGGAUUUACUAUUGAGGUGUGUUGUAUUAUAGCUGUGCUAUGGACUUUAUGUUUUGAUGGUUCAGACUGUGCAGUUGUGUCCAUAAAUGAUAUAUGAAAUGUAGAUUACCACCUCAAUCUCCAUAUAUUAUGACAUAACAUCACAAAAGAUAAACAAAAUAAAGUAAAAUUUUAAAAUGACCUAGCUGCUGAAUAAGUUGAAACCACAUGUGACCUUAACAGGCAUAAGACAAUGAGAUUUACUUUUAAUGUUCCCAAAAUCAAAAGCCAUGAAAAAUGGAGUUGUGACCAUUUUGAUCAGUUCUGUGUAAUCUAAGGGAGAACAAUGUGAUUCCAUGGCUUUAAUGGCUUUUAUAUUGUGUUUUGAAAGGCGUAGCUGUCGUGAUUUGGUGUAACAUAUUUGUACACUUGUAAAUGUCCAUGUUUUCAUGUAUUUUUACCUGAACCCUUUGCUAUAGUCUUUAAUAUAAA